AUGUACAGUCAAGAUGCACAGUUGCGAGACGCUGCCGGCGCCGCCGGCGUCCGGGCCGAACCUGCUCCUGGAUCUGGGGCGGCUCAUCAUCCGCGCCCGGAGCCCCGCCCCCGCCCCCGCCACGACCGCCUGCUGCACGCCAAGCUGCUGGCCGCCAGCCCGUCCACCAGCCAGCAGGUGGUGACCCAGCCAAAAGCCGAGAAGGAGGAGAUAAAGCCGGCCGUCGAGGCGUCUCUCAACGAUCACGUGCACGCCCUGUGGAACGACCAGAUACCGAUCUGCAUCGAGGUGCUUCUGGCCCCAGACUGCCCCGAUUGCUACCAGGCGAUCAGCCGUGUAGAAGAGGAUUCCUCAUUCGACAAACAGCACACCCAACAGCGCGCGUUACUCCUCGAGAGAUGGAGCAUGCGAGCGCUUGUCACCAAGUCCCACGAAUCUCCGGCGUUCAUAACAUCCCAGUGGCUGCUCAACGCGGUCCGCUCGCAACUCCACUUCUCACAGCUGUCCGCCUGGUUGGCGAGGCUGAAGGGCAAGGAGGAACCAGGGGAACGCAGGCGAAAAUUAAGCCGCGAGAAGUGCAACUACAAAAAACUCGAAUCGAACUGCGACGAGGACGUCGAAGAGCGCAAACUGAACAUCGUCUACUCCAUCAAGAUCCCCGGCGAGAGCUACAAGAUGGCCGACUUCAGCAAGACCCCGACCGACCACACCUUCCCCAUCACCGACAUUGGCAACAACGUCUAUCUCAAGGUCACCCUCAGAGCCUCCCCAGGAUAGACGAGGUACCCACAGUCAAAUGCUCCUGCCCGCCCAAAAGACGCGCAAGCAAAGAGUCACCAGUCAACCUACACGAAGAGUUGGUCGGGAAGCUAAAUGAUCUCACUCUAGGACCGAGAGGUUCCAAGUUCUCACCA